AUGUUCGUCAUACCGAAAGGAUUCUCGCGAACGACCGCGAGCCACCGCGAGGACGAAAUCAUGCAAAACGACCCGAAGAACGUGGAAGGGAACCGAUCUCCGAAGGAUAACUCUCUUCGCGCUCUGUGGAGAGGCUUGUUCUACGCUUCGCUGUCAGCGCUGAUAUUUUCGAUAUGCUCGGUUUUCGUCAAACGAUUGCAUUACAUGCAUGUAUCGCAGCUGGCAGCUGUUCGUUUCUCGGGUAUCCUUCUGCUUUCGCUACCGAUAGCUUCAUGUAGGGGUGAAAAACUCUUUGGACGUCCCGGAUUUCGAGGGAUGCUCUGCUUGCGCGCGGUUUCGGGGGCUGUGAGCCUCAUGUUGCGAUUCUAUGCGUUCCAGAAAAUUCCUCUAGGGGAUGCAUCGACAAUAAUAUUCUCGUCGCCGCUCUUCGUUGCCCUUCUGGCGAGACUCUUCCUCCGCGAGGCCUGCUCUGUCUCCCAGAUAUUGAUGUGUUUUCUCACCGUGAUUGGAAUUGCUCUCAUCAGCAAGCUGCCCAUGCUGUUCGGCGGAGAAGACUACGCUGCUAUAGUAUUCGGAGAAAACAAGGAACGACUGUACGGCCUGCUCUCAGCGCUUUCGUCGUGCGUUUUCGCUGCUACAGUCAUCGUGCUUCUUCGGAAACUAAAAGAAUUGGAUCCUUACGUGAUCAUGUUCAAUUUCGGCUGGAUAGCUCUGGUCUUGUCAGUCUGCGGGCUGUUCUUAUUCCAAGGGACUAUCAUCAUGCCUAGGAACGAUUUGGACGCGGUACUCCUGCUGGCCUUGGCUUUAUUGAGUUUUUCGGGUCAGCUCAUGCUGACGCUAUCGCUGCGAUGCGAGCAAGCUGGACCCGUCUCGGUGAUGCGAGCCACGGUCGACAUCGUGGCGGUCUUCAUGUGGCAAGUGAUCUUUUUCAAUGAGAUUCCAGACCAGUACACCAUCGGCGGAGUCAUCAUCGUGAUGUCAUGCGUGAUUUUUACUGGCUUCCGAAAAUGGGCUUUGAGUCUACCCGACGAUCAUGGCGUUAAGAAGACCAUGGGAUGGUUCCUCUAA